CAUCCAUUGGAAGCUAGCAUCCAUGGCACACACGCUUGAUUCCGGUGCGCCCUACGUGUUAAUCAUACUGCUUCUUUCUUUACAAGGAUCUCCCACAGGAGGUACUGAUGUGAUCACAGCGGCGCAGCCGCUCUCUGGGCAAAACAAGUUGGUCUCCCGGGGUGGCAAGUUCGCUCUAGGGUUUUACCAGCCUACUGGUGGUGGACCCCAAGACAAGUGGUAUAUUGCAAUAUGGUAUAAUAAGGUGCAAAAAGUGACCCCAGUGUGGAUAGCUAACAGGGAAGCGCCCAUCUCCGACCAGACUUCAUCGGAGUUAACUGUCUGGAUGGAUGGAAACCUUGUUCUUCUCAACAAGUCUAGGUCCAUAGUCUGGUCCAGCAACAUCCCAACCAGCAUUGGAACCUCCAACACCAGCAUUGUCGCUGUGCUCCUCAACACCGGUAAUCUAGUUCUAGCAUAUGCAUCCAACACCUCCAAUAUUGUAUGGCAAAGCUUCAAUCAGUCAACUGACACCCAGCUUCCUGGGAUGAAGUUCGGCCGGAACAAGCUCACAGGCGUGAGCGACCGCCAGAUCUCAUGGAGGAACUAUAUGGACCCGUCUCCAGGCCUCUUCUCAGUCAUGAUGGACCCGCGUGUGCCGGCACAAUACCUGCUCACAUGGAACAACUCCCGACCUUAUUACACCCCUGGGAAGUUCAACCCCCAGACAGGCGCAUUUAGCAGCAUACCAAUGAUGACGGUAAUGACGAUGACAAAUUCGAUAUACUCAUAUGAGUAUGUUGAAAAUGACAAGGAGGAGUACUUCUUGCUCACAGUAAAGGAUGACAACCUCUUCCUCCGUACCGUGAUCGACCCAUCUGGCCAACAGAAGGGGAUGGUAUGGUUAGAGGACAAGCAAGACUGGAUGCUAUACUUUGUGGAGCCCACUUCAAAGUGCUCUGUCUAUUCCAUGUGCGGGGCUUUCAGUUGGUGCGCCGAAAACAUUGCCCCAUUAUGUAGCUGCCUUAGGGGCUUCAGCGCAAAAAGCCCAAUUGAAUGGAGCUCAGGAAAUUAUGCUGGAGGGUGCACCAGGAAUGUUGCAUUACCGUGCAAUAUCAAUGGUGGAGGCUCGAUGCCUUCAAUGCAUAGAUAUGAGGAGGAUAGAUUCUACGUGAUCAAUAAUGUGAGGUUGCCUGAUGGGUCACAGAUUGUGCAAGCUGCAAGUGUAAGUGAUUGCGAGGUAGCAUGUCUUAACAAAUGUGCUUGCUUGGCUUACUCAUACAACAACACCUGCUCUUUGUGGUACACCAAUCUGAUGAACCUCCAAGAAAAUCUUGAUAACACCGGGGAUAGUAUAUUCAUUCGACUUCCCGCUUCUGAGAUACCACAUGCCAAAUCUUCGAGAGGGCGAACUAUACGGGUUGUUAUUAGUGUCUCUGCACUUGCAUUGGGUGUAUCCUUUGUGGUUGUUUUGUGUAUUCUUCGUAGGAGAAGAGGGAUCAAUGGUUCACAUCACAUUGACAUGAACCUGAUAGCCUUUAGGUACAAAGAUCUGCAACUAAUAACAAAGAACUUUUCAGAUAAGCUAGGUGUGGGAUCUUUCGGCUCAGUGUUCAAAGGAGUCCUUCAAAAUGGCACAAGUGUGGCGGUUAAGAAGCUUGAAGGUGUUCGUCAAGGCGAGAAGCAGUUUCGGGCAGAGAUGAGCACUCUUGGAACUAUUCACCAUGUGAACCUGAUCCAGUUGGUCGGGUUUUGCUCAGAGGGGGAGCACCGAAUGCUCGUUUACGAGUACAUGCCACAUGGAGCAUUGGACCAAUACCUAUUUAGGGUUGGUAGCAAUGACGUUCUGCCUUGGAACACAAGAUACCAAAUAGCCAUUGGCAUUGCCAAAGGGUUAACUUACCUACACGCCAAGUGCAAGUAUUGCAUCAUCCAUUGUGACAUCAAGCCGCAAAACAUAUUGUUGGAUGCCUCGUUUACCCCAAAAGUGUCAGAUUUUGGACUAGCGAAGCUGCUAGGCCGGGAUUUCAGCAGGGUCAUCACAACAAUGCGAGGAACCAUCGGCUAUUUGGCACCCGAGUGGAUAAGCGGAACCGCCAUCACAAUGAAAGCUGACGUGUUCAGCUAUGGAAUGAUGCUCUUUGAGAUCAUCUCACAAAAAAGAAAUAUCGAACAUGGGAAGAGAUGCGCGGACAAGUUCUUUCCAAUAUUAGUUGCAAAGAAUAUUCGGGAUGGUGACGUGCAUGCAUUGUUGGAUGCCAACUUGAGAAGUGAUGUCAACUUGGAGGAGCUUGAGAGGGCUUGCAUGGUUGCUUGUUGGUGUGUCCAAGAAGAUGAGUGCUCUAGGCCGACCAUGGGGGUAAUCGUACAGAUCUUGGAAGGCCUCAUCGAGGUUAAUAUGCCACCAAUUCCACGAUAUCUUCAGGUACUUGCCGAAUCGGCAGACCAAUCGAUGCCCUCCUCAACCGAAUGACUGGCAAGCUCGCUGCAACCUUGUCAAAAACUUGUAUUGUGUAUUGUGUUUAUCAAGAAGAUGGUGUAUGCAUGCACGUGUUUUAUAUGCACAUGUAUAAAGGUUUUCCAUGUAGAGUUGAUUAUAUAUUUAUAUUUGUGCUUUUACUCUAGUACUUAGAUUGUAAGAUUGCACAUGCUUUUAGCCGAGUCAAACAUAUUUGAAGCAUUCGACCUUGAAAAAAGUGUUGCCAUUUGAUAAUAUAUUUCCAAGCUGUA